UUAUAAAUAAAUAAUAGCAUGCUCAAAUCUUUAACAACAUUACCAAGAUCCUCCCUUAGUACUAUCUCUGUGUCUGACUCUCUCCCCAGUCCGCCUCUGUUAAAUCUCACCCUAAAACACGGAUCUAAUAGAUUCCUCAAUUUUUUUAUUUUUAUAUUUUUAAUCCAAAAAUAUUCAUUCCUUACUUCACUCUAAAUCCUACUCCAAAAAAAACAUUCACACUUAAAACCCAAUUAUUUUUUGUCAGAAUUUGGUAAUAAAUCUUUUUGAUUCAUUGUAUCAUAAUCCUGAAUUCCUGAUACAUUUCCAUAUCUGGGAUUAAUUCCAGCAAUUUUUUUUGAUACAUUUUUUCUGGGUAUAUAAAUUCUUGAGCUGCUUUUACAUAAAUUCCAAUUGUACUAGUACAUUUUAAUCAAUCAAAGAAACAAAAACUUUGGGAAAAGAUGGAUUUUGGGAAAUGGGUAUUUCUGGGUUUGGUUUGUUUUGGGACAUUAUUGGAUUUUGUUAAAGGAUUUGAUUAUGCAAAUGUGAGUCACAUUUCAUUUUUGGAGUCAUAUGAAGUUUCUGAUGCUGUUCCUCAACCUCUCAUGGUUCCUCUUACUCUCAUCAAUGGUGCUGAUUCCAAAGGCGCUGUUUGCUUGGACGGAACAUUGCCGGCUUAUCAUUGGGAUCGUGGAUUUGGGUCAGGUGCCAAUAGUUGGCUCAUUCAAUUAGAGGGUGGAGGUUGGUGUAAUAAUGUUAGAACAUGUGUCUACAGAAAAACGACUCGACGUGGGUCGUCUAAAUAUAUGGAAAAGCAAUUAGCAUUUACAGGACUAUUAAGCAAUAAGGCAGAGGAAAACCCAGAUUUUUUCAACUGGAAUAGAGUAAAGCUUCGAUAUUGUGAUGGCGCCUCUUUUGCCGGAGAAGGCCAGGACGAGGCACACCAAAUGUUUUUUAGAGGUCAACAAAUAUGGUCAGUUGCCAUGGAAGAAUUCAUGGGGAAAGGAAUGCGUAAUGCUGACCAGGCUCUUCUUUCCGGAUGUUCUGCUGGCGGUCUAGCAUCUAUAUUGCACUGUGAUGAGUUCCGAGACUUAUUCACAGGACACACAAAAGUGAAAUGCCUGAGUGAUGCAGGAUUAUUCCUUGACGCAAUGGACGUCUCGGGUGGACACACGUUAAGAGACUUCUACCAUGGUGUGGUGACUUACCUGGGUGUAGAGAAAAAUCUGCCUUCUUCCUGUACUAAACACAUGGAUCCAACUUCGUGCUUUUUCCCUCAGAAUUUGAUCGCCAACAUCAAGACACCUUUAUUCAUUCUCAAUGCAGCUUAUGACGCGUGGCAGGUUCAGGCUAGUUUAGCUCCAAAAUCAGCUGAUCCUCACCACCAAUGGGAUCAAUGCAAAAUGAACCACGCACGUUGUUCUGCAUCACAAAUGCACUUUUUGCAGAGAUUUAGAACUCAAAUGCUCAAUUCAAUAAGGGGUUUCUCAAAGUCCAAAUCAAAUGGGCUAUUCAUUAAUUCAUGCUUUGCUCAUUGCCAAUCUGAGAGGCAGGACACAUGGUUUGCUGAUGAUUCCCCUGUUCUCCAAAAUAAGCCUGUUGCAAUAGCUAUUGGUGACUGGUACUUCGACAGAGCGGGAGUUAAAUUCAUCGAUUGUGCAUACCCUUGUGACAAUACUUGUCACAACUUGAUAUUUCGAGAUACAGAUUCAUCUUCAGUACCAGUAGCUUCAUCCAACUUACUGAUUCAUUACAACAAUGUAUCUCUGCUGUUAUUGCUGCUGCUCGUUGAAGUCGUCACUGUAAUUUGACUAUCGUUCAAUUAUCAGCAAUAAUAAGAUCCAAGGUUUGAUUAUGGGGAGCCUAUAAUUUGGCUCACCAAAUUGUAUUCUUUAGAAUGGUUGCCUUAAUAUUUUGCAACCAUAGAGUGUAUUUUUUAGUAAUUUUUACCAGAUAGCCAGAUUUCGGCAUAAUGUCAGAAUCUGUAGGUGUACUUGUAUGUUUGAGGAUUCGAAACUACAACAUUGUUGUGAAAAUAUAUCCAUAAUUAGGAAAUGAAAUUUAGUGCUUAAUCUUGGCCACUAAUCAA